ACAUUUACACAUGAAAAAUUCCAGAUGAUCUUUUUCUGAAGCAGCCAUCCGAUGGCGAUGGUUGGUGUUGACCUCAGCUAACCCCGGAGUCGAGGUGCAGAAGAAGAAAGCAGCAGCGUGUAAAAUGGCGACCAAGAAUACAAACUAAGCAGCCGGAGCUCGUUCCUCCUGGCCACUCGUGGAAAUGGGGAGCAUGAACUGCAUCUAGCCCGGCGAAACCAGGCUAAGCACGAGUUGGGUGCGGACUGGAAAUUGAGCAAAAAAUUGCUCAUUUCAACUACCGGCUGCCUGCCAUUGCGUUACUGUGUCGGACAGGGCAAAUAGUGUACAUCUGCGCGGCAGUAGCGGAGCCUACUCCCAGCAAGUAGACCUCGGAGAUGGCUGAUACCACCGCUGACUACCAGCUGGUCAAGAUCCUGGGACGCGGUGCAUUCGGUGAAGCUGUUUUAUACCGACGUCUGGAGGACAACUCGCUUGUAGUGUGGAAGGAGAUCCUGUUGAUGAAUGCUAGCGAGAAGCAGAGGUUCCAUGCAAUGCAAGAGGCCUCAUUGCUGUCUCUCCUCUCGCAUCCCAAUAUCAUCGCGUACUACAACGACUUUAUGGACGGGUCUACGCUGCUGAUUGAAAUGGAGUACGCCAACGGUGGUACGUUGAAUAGAAAGAUUUACACGGGUUUGACCAACGACGAGCUGUUCGCCGAGCGCUGGAUUCUGUGGAUGUUUUACCAGAUUGUCUCGGCUGUCAACUAUGUACAUGACCGCAGCAUAAUUCAUAGAGACAUCAAGAGCUUGAACAUCUUCUUGAACAAGCUUGGCCUGUGCAAGCUGGGCGACUUCGGAUUGGCUCGGAGCCUAUCGGCUUCUGAAAGACAAGCGGUCACUUCAAAUGUCGGAACAGUGGCUUACAUGUCCCCGGAAAUUUACAAAGGAGAAAUAUACAAUGAAGGCAGCGAUGUCUGGGCUGUAGGCUGCGUACUGUAUGAAAUGGCUGCACGGCGACUUCCCUUCGCAGCAAAUGAAAUAGGCCGUCUUGCUGUGGAAAUAGUUGAAACGUCCCCAAAGGAGCUUGACAACAAGUACAGUCCAGAAAUGAAGGCACUGUGCAUGCAGAUGCUGGAAAAGGACCCAACUAAGCGGCCAAGCAUCGGCUCUGUUUUGACUUCGGCACCGCUAGCACAACUAAAAGAUGAAUUUGGUCCGGAGGUUAUAAGACUAGACCGAGGCAAUGGUAAAAGCUCCAGGAAAGCAUCCGGUAUGCUCUGCAGGGAAUCCUAUCCGGUCGUUACCUCCAGGAGUAGUGAGGUGUUUGUGUGGGGUGGUGGACGGCAUGUACCACAGCAGGUUGAAGUCUUGACUAAAGCCACAGCGGCUGUGCAGGUGGCAGCCGGUAUUCGGCACUUUGCGGCACUAACUGUGGAGAAGGAAGUGUUUACGUGGGCAGUUUCUUCUGGUGGAGGUAAAAUGCUGGGUCAACUUGGCCAUGGUGAUUUGGCAUUGUAUCGCAAGCCAAGACGCAUCGACUCGCUCUGCGGCCAGGCCAUUGUUCAGGUUGCCUGUGGAGAUGAGUUUACCGUAUGUUUGACCGACGAGGGCCGAGUGCUGGCAUUUGGUUCUAACUACUGGGGUUGUCUUGGUAACGGUGAGGACGUUGAGACGGAUGAGAUUGAGCCCAAGCCCACUGCAGUGCCGUUCUUCACAGCUGACAGCGAUGCUACUCGCGUUCGACGUAUAGCUGCCGGCGCAACUUUUGUCUUUGCCGCAACAGCAUCUGGUGAUGUGUAUUCAUGGGGUAAUGGUGACAUGGGUCAGCUUGGCUUGAAAUCUGAAGAGUGCCACUCCACACCACAGAAGGUCAAACUUCCUCCCGGUGGUUCCAUACGCCGUAUUGUAUGCGGUAUUGAUAACGCAUUCAUUGUGAUGAAGUCGGGCCGCUUGCUGGCUUGCGGCAGCAACGAGAACAACAAGUCUUGCUUAGAUCAAUCGAUAGGACCUCGGCGAGCAUCCAUCAACAGCGGUGAACCUGCCAUAACCACCGUUCACAUGCAGCUAGGCUUUCAGCCCGUGAAGGCAUUAAGACGCUUUCGCAUCGUGAACGUGGCUGCUGGAAGCAAUCACUCUGCUGCUGUCGAUGCUUUUGGUCAUGUCUUCACAUUCGGUGACAAUGCCUACGGGCAGCUUGGGUCUGGCAACUUCCGAUCUCAGAAAGGUGCAAAGCGUGUAGGUGGUUCCUUGCUUGGGAAGGAGAUUAUCCACGUGGCGUGUGGUGAUGCAUUCACAAUGGUCGCUUCUUCAGAUCAGCAUGUGUACUCCUGGGGUCGUGGUGAUCACGGUCAGCUAUGCAGCAACGCAGCUGCGUCCUCCUCUUCGCCGGCCACUAACCAGCGCACAGGCAAUGCACUGCCUCGCCCCGUCUUUAGCGCUCUCCACACGGUGUCGGGACUGUCCUGUAAAGACUGGCAUGGCAUCAUGAUUGCAGAGAAGGUCCUGUCUACUCGCACCAUCAACAGUGUCAAUAGCCCCGUGAAGGAAUCAGUUGACGGGCUGUCCGCCGCCACGACUGCAGACGGAAGGUCGUUUCCAGAGCUGGGCCUUGCUGGCAAUGACACCGAUGAGAUUCCAUCAUGGGUGGCAGAGGCGUUGGACCAAUCCGUCAUACCGAUGCCAAGCAAGCAUGCUGUAUCCCUGCCCCAUCGCACAUCUUCACCAGCUGCGCUGCAUGCUAUCCGGGUUGGUGAGGCGCCGGCCACAAGUGGGAGUUUGGACGAGAUGUCUCCACCAUCGUCAGGCCAGCGCAGAGGCAGCAAGAGUCUUGUUCCAGGGGCAUCUGUACGAAAGCAUUCUCCGUUGCGCAGUUCAAUAUCCACACCAGUGUCCACGUCACAGCGUGCCGGCAGUCCUGGCCGUAAAGCAGUACUCUCCGUUGCACCGCCACCCAUCGUCUCUACCGUCACCACCGGGUCUAGCCACGUCCAGCAUCAGCAUCAGCAUCGCCGGUCGAGUUCAUCCAGUGCCAGUAGUCCAUGCAGCCCUGCUGCAGCUGGUGUUGGUGGUGGUGGUGGUGCGACAAGUUCCCGCCGUAAGACCUCCGUACCGCUGGUGCACCAGCUGCACUCGCCAUUGAGUCGCUCUCAUAGUGCUGGGAAGUCACUGGCCAUUGAUGAGGAUGCAGGCGAACAGAUGACCGAAGUGGAGAGAUUGCGACAGCAGGUGGCUGACUUGCAGCAUGAACGCGAUGCAUGGCGUAAGCAGGCAGAGGUGCUGCAAGGUGAUCGCAGACAGCUCCUGCGUGAGAUUGACGUAGCUGCCAACAAAACUUCAGAUCUUACGCGAAUGAAUCAGCGCCUGUGCAGUGCCCACAAGGAAAUAGAACAGUUGUUUCAUGCCUGGGUGUAUGAAAUCAACGCCGCCAUCCCUGGCGCUAUUGAUACUGGCUUUCAACGAAGCUUGUCAUCAUCUAGCGUAACGUCCAAGACUUCUGUAAUGGAGUCACGCUCCAUGGGUGCUCCAGCAUUCCGCGGCCUUCCAAAAUCACCUAAAGCCUCGAAAAGAGAUCGCGUCAAGCCAUCGGGCUCUCCCGAAGCAACUGGCGCCAGGCAAGAGGUAAGACCGAUCGAAAGGACACGUCCAAGCACCACGACAGCGACGAGGCAAUCUUCGUCUUCGUCUGUAAGAGGUCCACCUACAGCCAAAAAACCAGUACCUGCUUCUCCAUGGCACAAGACAUCGGACGAUGCGGAUCAGCGGAAACUGGAAUCCGGAAGGCCUCGCAGUGGAUCCCUACCGAAAUCGGCCAAGCAAAACGUGUAUACACCACCGCCAACAAGUUCCAAACAAUAAUGCAUUGCUAUGUUGCUGGCAUCAACUGGUGGUGCAGAAAGAAACCUGUUCUAUAGCAUAAUUAUAACGUUAAAGCAAAACAAACCGUUGAUUUGGACUAGAGUAGCUGUUUCGCCUCCAUAGUAACCAAGGUAACUAAAAUGUCCCGCGCAUGUAUCAGCAAUGCUUUGACUAUUAGUAACCUAGUUGCCUUCAAGCUUGAGCGGCCGCCGCCGCCAGUUCCUACCAAGACAUGCUACUGUAACGUUAGCGCAUAUGUUUUGACCAUACUCUAUUUGCUUGUCACUAAAUUCAAUUAAAUCUGAGUAUGGUUUGUACAGUACAGUAUAUAUGUACUUAUGAUUGUGUACAGUAUGCAUGGCUAGAAUAGUAGAAAGGUUUCAGUGUCUAUCUGGUGACAUCAUCGAAAGACUCCCGUGUCUAUCUGGUGACAUCAUCGAAAGAUUCCCCGUGUCUAUCUGGUGACAUCAUCGAAAGAUUCCCCCGUGUCUUUCUGGUGACAUCAUCGAAAGACUCCCGUGUCUAUCUGGUGACAUCAUCCAAAGCUGGAAGCCAUGAAUGCAUUAGGCAUCCCACUGCCACGGUCUGCUCUCAGCCUCACUUCGGUGUCUUCACUGCUUUAGCCGGUAUGCCCGUAAGGCCGUAACCCUCCGUGGCCAGGACAUGCAAGCCUAUGUUAUACCCAUGAUAUGCACUAUGAAUCUGAUUCUAUGAGCCCAUGCACACCCUACAGACUGCCUACUUGAUCAUUUCCAGACCACAUUAUUAUUUUUACCUCACAUUCAUAAAUUGCCUAAGCAACAACUAUCCACUAUCCACUAUGUAUCAUAAUCUAUCGUGCACAUGCAGAGAUCUUACUUUAGCAGGACAGUUACUAUGGUUGAAAUAAUUGCAGGUCUUUUUCAGGACUAUUACAAAGCAUGAGAAGAUCAUCGUUUUCGUAUUCAGAAAGAUCUUUUUAUUCUGCUCUUGCAGUGGAGAAAGUCUUGUA